AUGUCUGCGUCAAAGCCGAAUUGGUGGAAAGCCAGCACCUGUUAUCAAAUUUGGCCCGCUUCAUACAAAGACACCAAUGGCGACGGAAUUGGCGACAUCCCGGGAAUCAUCAGCACAUUACCGUACCUGAAAGACCUCGGAGUCGAGACGAUAUGGCUGUCACCUAUGUACGACUCGCCGCAGAAGGACAUGGGCUACGACAUUUCCAACUACGAGGAUGUCUAUCCCCCUUAUGGGACAGUCGCCGAUAUGGAUCGGUUGAUCAAGGAGUGCCACGACCGGGGGAUGAAGCUGAUUCUGGACCUGGUCAUCAACCACACGAGCGACCAACACGCGUGGUUCCAGGAAUCUCGCAAAAGCAAGACCAACGAGUACGCAGAUUGGUAUGUCUGGCGGGACCCGAAAAUCAUCAACGGCAAGAGACACCCACCGAGCAAUUGGCGAUCCAUCUUCGGCGGCAGUGCAUGGGAGUACUGCGAAGAGCGAGACCAGUAUUACCUCCACUUGUUCGUGAAGGAGCAGCCGGAUUUGAACUGGGAGAAUGAGGAGGCCCGCAAAGCGAUCUACAAAUCCGCCAUUGAGUUCUGGCUCAACAAGGGCAUCGACGGCUUUCGAGUGGAUGCCUGCAAUUUGUACUCCAAGGACGUAUUGUUUCCCGACGCGGUGACGAGGCUUCAUGGAGAAGAAUUCCAGCCUGCGGAGGACCACUACAUCAACGGCCCACGCAUGCAUGAAUGGCUGAGAGAGCAACGUCAACAGGUCCUCGACAAAUACGGUGACAUCUUGAUGGUCGGGGAAUUACCUUUCACAGAAGCGGCAGAGGUGUUGAAAUACGUCUCCGCCGAGGCGAGAGAGCUGAGCUGUGUGUUCGACUUCGACGUAGUUAUGCUGGGCACCCCGAACGGGGGUGGAGGCAAAAAGCACCAUACUGUCCGGCACACUCUGCCGCAGUUCAAGGAGGCGAUUCGAAAGGUGCAGCAUCUGAUCCGCGGCACGGAUGCCUGGACGACGGUGUUUCUGGAGAACCACGACCAAGGCCGCAGCCUGUCGCGGUUCGCCACGGACAAGCCGCAAUGGCGGGAGAAGGCGGCCAAGAUGCUGGCCGUGCUGAUGUGCACUCUCACGGGCACCCUGUUCCUCUACCAAGGCCAGGAGAUCGGCAUGUACAACCACCCGGAACAUUGGGGAGUCGAAGAGCUACGCGACAUCGACUCGCUGAACGCGUACAACGACGUCAAGACCCGCCACAAGGACGACCCGCUCUGGCUGAAGAAGGCCAUGAAGGGCCUCCAGCUGGUCGGCAGGGACAACGCCCGCCUGCCCGUGCAGUGGGACGCGUCCGCCAACGCGGGCUUCACAACCGGCAAGCCCUGGAUCCGCGUCCACGACGACUACGAGGCCGUCAACGUCGCCGCGCAGCGCGCCGACCCGCACUCCCCCCUGGCCUUCUGGAAGAAGAUGAUCGCGCUGCGCAAGCAGCACGCCGAGCUCAUGGUCUUCGGCACCGACUUCGAGGUCUGGGACUUCUUCGACCAGGACGUCUUCACCUUCACCAAGGCCCACCCGGACGGGCACCACAAGCUGUUCGUCUUUCUCAAUUUCUCCGACGACCUCCAGCCGUUGCAUUACCCGCAUGGCUUGGAAGGGAUGAAGAAGGAGUUGUUGGUCAGUAAUCUCAGACAAGGGGAGGAGGAGGUGGGCAGGUAUUUGACCCCUUGGGAGGCGAGGGUGUAUUUGGUCAGAGAGACUGUUCUUAAUGGGUAUUAG